AUGUCUUCCUCCUCCCAAAACGCCUCAACAUCGCCGGAGACACAAGCGACCAUCCCAGAGGCUCCCCAAACAACCGACAAGAAAGCCGCCACACUCGAACUAGAACGCCUCAGCAAAGCCUGCCUCUUUGCCUGGAACGACCACGACUUCGACUACGAAGGCAAUCCAGACCGUCGGGACUUCCGCGAACGCAUCGCGCCGCGUUUCGAAUGCCGGAUCGAAAACUACCCCGAGCACGCCAUGUCCUGGUACGGCCUGAACCAGCUGUGGCGAGACUACCUAGCCACGGAGCCGAAUUGCAGGUUUGAGUUGAUCAGUAUGCACACGGACGUGAACGACGGCGGGAGGGCGGUGUUGUAUGUAGAGAUGGAUGUGACGGGGGUGCAGAAUGUCAAUUUGAUCCGGUUCUUGGAGAUGAAGUGGAAGGUUGUGGAUGGACGGUGGAUGUACUAUAGUUGUACUACUAUGGGUGGUAGUAAGGGGAACAAUGGUUUGUUAUGA